GGGUUAGCAUCAGUCUUCCUCUCUUUCGAGUAUCCCACCACCCACUCGUCUAUUUCAACCACCCACUCUUCGAAUCAUCACCAUGUCCGACACCGGCCGCCAGAGCUUCACCGACAAGGUCGGCGCUGCCGUGAAGCCCGACUCUGAGAAGUCGACCACCGAGCACUUCGGUGACAAGAUCAAGGGCAAGUCCGACUCUGCCGCCUCGUCCGCGCAGCCCCAGAGCGAGAAGUCGUACGGCCAGAAGAUCGGCGACACCUUCUCCAGCAACUCCAACGAGAAUGAGCCCUCGAUGACGCAGAAGGCCAAGAACGCUGUUGGCCUUGGCAACAACUGAGCGGAGCGUCUCACCUCUAUGUAAUCGUCAUUGUAUCAAUAGUCUUCUGGAGGACUCGAGGAGCAGUGUAAUGAUGUAACGAUAUCAGUAGACACAAGAAACUGG